AUGCAAGGCAAGGGGACGACCUCGCGAGGCAAACGUUGGGGUCCUCAUCCACCACGAGAGAUCCGUCAACAAAGCGGCCUGACAAAAUCUGGCUCCGACGCCUCCACUCUCCGGGAAACAUCAAAUGGGGAGUCUAAGUUCACGCUAUCAUUCGCGAAAUCCAUCCUUGACAAGAUCUGGAUCCGCAACAAGAACCAGCACCGUACCCAACCGUGGUGGAAAUCCCUCUCGAUGUUGAGGAAAGCAGUCUCCCAGCUUGUGCUAGUGGAGCAAGAGGAACGCUUUCUCCGGGGUAUAGUCGGCCAGGGCCGCAUGGACGCCAAGGUUGUGAGGAAGAGAUUCGAGCGUGAAACACAAGUCCGCAAGGAAAAAGAGAUCUGGGUCGAUUGGAUCCGUCAAGUAUUGGUGCCGAAGGCUUACCUUGGCUUCUCCGGACUAGUGAGCGAUACUCAAUUUGCAAACCUGGGAGUUGUGUUGGUAGGGGUGCUUGCCGAUGUGGCGAGUAGUGUGGGUCUUCCGACCCUAAGCCGACAAGAGGGAGCUGAGGAGGGAGGAUUGGAGAUUACGCCAACAAGAAGGGUCCAAACAGAGACGGAGACCGUGAAGGCGAGAUGCCUGACGGCGACGAGUAUCAGGGUCACAGGUUUUCAAAGCGGUGAGGUCGUGGAGAGAACGUACGACAGUGACGAUUUGGGAGAAGUCGUCGAGAGAAAGGGAGGGGAUCUCAAGGAGGAGCAGCCCGGAAACGCUCCACGGCCUGACAGAAAUCCGGACCGAAUCCCAGCCCCAACCGCGAACGGAGACCAACCAGUGGCGGCUGAUGGGGCGAUCGAUGGGGAUGUUGGAAAGAAAAAGGCUGCCAGCGUCAGAGUCAUCGAGGAACGAAGACGAGAAAACCCAACAUCAAGGACUGAGAGAUCUACAACAGACUCGCCCUCGUCAUUGCUUGCGACUCUCCAAAGAGAUCCCACCACCACAUCCCAAGACGCCGGCGGCACUCAUGCACCUUCUGCGCAGCCCCCUGUGCCCGAAUGCACCGAAAAUCUCAUGCUCAAAGACGAGCUAAAGGACAGCAUAGGCACUCCGGAGACCGCCACAGGGAAGAAGAACAACCAAAACGACGACAAAAGCAAACCAACAUCCAGACCCAGCAGCCACAAGGUAAAAAGGAAAAGGAAAGGAAAGAAUGCCAUCGAUGAUUUGUUCGCCGGCUUGGCUUGA